CUUUCCUUUCCUCCCCAGCAAAACCAAGUUUAACUGUAGCGGGGAUAAAACCAAUCCACCGCGAGAAAUAUCUGGCAAGAUGUCGUCCGACGAAAUUGUCUGGCAGGUUAUCAACCAGCAAUUCUGCGCCUACAAGCUCAAAACUACUAAGAACCAAAACUUCUGCCGAAAUGAAUACAACGUCAGCGGACUUUGCAACCGGCAAUCGUGCCCGCUCGCCAACUCGCGGUACGCCACGAUCCGGUCGGACCCCGAAACAGGCGCGAUGUACCUGUACAUGAAGACGGUGGAACGGGCGCACAUGCCCAGCAAAUGGUGGGAGCGGAUACGAUUGUCGUCGAACUAUGCGAAGGCGCUGGAGCAGUUGGAUGAGCGGCUGAUCUACUGGCCGAAGUUCCUGGUGCAUAAGUGCAAGCAGCGUCUGACGCGGUUGACGCAGGUUGCGAUUCGGAUGAAGAAGUUGGCUAAGGAGGACGAGAGACUUGGGGAGAAGGUGGUGACGAAGUUGGCGCCGAAGAUUCGGCGGAGAGAGGAGGCGAGGGAACGCAAGGCGGAGAGUGCGGCGAAGAUUGAGAGGGCAAUUGAGAGGGAGCUGAUUGAGCGGUUGAGGAGUGGUGCUUAUGGAGAUCGGCCGUUGAAUGUUGAGGAGGGAAUUUGGAAGAAGGUGUUGCGUGGGUUGGAGAGGAGUGGAGAGGGUGAGAGGGAUGAGGAUCUGGAUGAUGGGGAGGAGAUUGAGUUUGAGGAUGAGGAGGAGGAAGAGGAGGGUGUUGGUCAGGUCGAGUAUGUUAGUGAUAUUGACGAGGAUGAGGAGGAUCUGGAGGAUAUUGAGGAUUGGAUUGGUGAGGGGUCUGGAGACUCCAGUGACGAUUAUGAUGAUGAGAGCGACGAGGAGGAGGACAGUGAUGAGGAUGAUGAGGAUGAUAGCCAUCACUCUGAUGAGGAGGCUAAGAAGCCUGCGCCUGGAUUCAAGCGGAAGCGUCCUGCUCCUCAGAUCAAGCCGAGGAAGAAGGGUCCCCGUGUUGAGAUCGAGUACGAGACCGAGGGUGCUGGUAAGGAGAGCAUCAUGGCUUGAAGGGAGUGAGACAUUGGACAUAAAAGCACGGGUUCCUGUUGAUGUUGCUGCUGCUGCUGCUUUCGUGUACUGUAUGGCGUUGUCUGGUUUAAAGUUGUUUUGUGUCUGUUAUAAUUGUUGCUCUGCUGCGAUCGGGCAUGCAUACCCCGCCAUUGCAUAUAUGAAUUU